ACUCACUCACUCACACUCAUCCCCCACGCGCAUCGCAAGCCAUGGCGGCCCUCCCGAUGGCCUCGCUCGCGCGGCACCCCUUCUUCCUCCUGGCCACCAUCUACGCGCACUGGGGCGUCCUGAUGGUGGCCGCGGCCUACAGGCUCGUGGACCCGUCGCUGCCCGAGCUCGGCUUCUUGAGCUACUGCGUCUGCAUCGGCUUCGAGGCCGUGCUGUACGCGAACCGCCACCUCUGCGUCACCGACCGCGCCCCACCGCCGCCCGACGUGGCCGCAGCAGGAGGCAGCGGCAGCAGCAGCACGUGGAAGAAGAAGGCGUGCUGGGCCGCGCGCGAGGUGCUGUUCGCGCCCCGCGGCGAGAUGUCCGACGCCAGCCUGCCGCCCUUUGACGGCUCCGACGCCGCCUACGUGCCGUCGCGCCGCGCCUUCCUGGCCGAGCACGCGGCGAUCUUGCUGCUGGCCGUGUUGGCGAGGCGGGCCUUCGACGUGGUCGACGGGGCCUACUGGUACCAGACGGUCGAGGACAACUACGGCCCGGCGCGCGAGGGCAUCCUGCGGCGGGCGCUGCUGUCGUCGUCAUCGUCGUCGUCGUCGUCGCCGGCCGUGGCGUGGCGCGAGGCCGGCGUGCGUGCCUGGCUGGCCGUGCAGUUCAACUUCCCGACCUACGCCGACUGGCAGGCCAUCUACUCGCUCUGCGCCCUGGGCGCCGUCGGGGUCCUGGGCCACGACCACGCACGGUGGCGGCCGCUGUUUGGCGACGUGCGCGAGGCCUAUACGCUGCGGCGGUACUGGGGUGUGUUUUGGCAGCAGUUCCACCGCACUGCCUUCGUCACGCACGCGAGGUUGCUGGCGGUCCACGUCUUGCGUAUCCGGAAUCGAGCCAUGCAGCGCGCCGUCAUCGGCAUCCUGGUCUUUGCUCUCUUGGCUCUGAUGCAUGCUUUAUGCCUCAAGGCCCAAGGGCCUAGGUGCGAUACGUGGCCCGUCAUUCGCUGGUGGUUGCUGGUUGGGGGAGCGAUUAUUGUUGAAGAUCUGGUCUGUCUGGCUCUGCGGCGAUUAGUCCGUCCCGCACGAUGGACCUAUCUCGUCGGCUAUGUCUGGGUUUUCUUCUUCUUCUGGUGGUCGAGGCCAAAAAUCGAUUUCCCCACCGUCGACUGUGAAGCGCUGUAAUGGAGCGCGAGGCAGGUGGCAGUUUAUGGAGAAAAUGAUCAACACAAGAGCCCAUGGCAAACAAACACAGAAUACAAGACAUUGAGGGCGAGCCAGUAAGUCCCGCAAUAAGUGCACCAGGCUCAACCAUAUGUAUAUACUACGCAAAAAGACGCUUACAGAGGC